CAUUCAAGAGAGGGAAGAUUGCAUGUCUUCUAUAUAUAAGCCUCUCUCUUUCCCCAAACACAAAAAAUAACUACACAACCAUGGACGAGUUGGGUCCAGAAAGAUCGGACCACGUGAGCUUCCACCAGGCUCCACCUUACAGUAGCAGUGAAGACUGGUGGAAAACCUACGAAACAUCAAUUUCCCUCGGAUUUCUUGCAACUGCUGUCUUUAUAUCCAUGUUCAUUAUCAUGGCCAUCAUUGAACAUCUCUAUAAACUCAAUGCUUCAUUCGAUUUGAAUCGAUACACUAGCCAUCAGUCCAAUGACCCGAGACCGAUGCAAAAGCUUGUAGAUCCACAACCACAUGUACAAGAGAGAAAUGCAAUGGAUUUAUCGAUAUUGAUGCCGGGAGAGAAGUACCCGACCUACAUUGCACAUCCGACACCUCUACCUUGUACAAGGGAAGGAGUUUAUUGGCCUUCACAUUGUGUUCAUGAUUUUUCCCAUCCUUAGCUUUUUUUUUUUUGGAUAUAUCAUAAUCUUACUAGUUUCUACACGAAGGGUUGUAUCUUUUUUCAUUCCACUUAUCUUAUUCUGUAUUGAAAUACAUUACUUAGGUAGUAAAGUACAUUAUUCUUUUAAAUCCUUUU